UUGUCGCGCCGGCCUCGUCUCGCCUUCCCAGCCGCCUGGCGCCAGCCUGAGAGAGAGAAAGAAAGAGAAAUAUGGUGGAGGGGAGGUACUCUAGCUUGUUUAGUGUUCAACGACUGAGUGGCAGGCGGUUGGAGAGAGCGCGUGGUUAGUGUGGUACCUUGGAGCGAGCGAUCGCUUGCUGGGAGAGAGAGCCCCGGACUCUUGAGGAAGUUACUCACGCACACGGGCGCGCGCACGCAUGCAGGCAGACAAGCUCGUUCCUCGCUCGCGAUUCUUCGUCUUCUUGUCUGCGCCAGAGAGGUGGUGGCGGCGGUUUGUGUUUCUGAGAGUCUGUCUCAUCAACAUGUGGAUUGGCUGUAUGGUGAAUAUCACAUCGCAACCCUCAGUCGCGGUUCGGUUCCCGAGUGUUCUGACUGUCGCGUGUGUGCGCUGAGUGCUAGGAUACAAGGCUUGAUUCCAUACUUUCAUCGCUUUUUUUAUCUGGUCAUCGUUGCUGCUGCUGCUGAUACUACAACCUGAUCUCAUCUGACGGCCUGAGCGACCCUGUGACAGACACCAGAGGUUCUGGGGUCAUGGCACAGUCGAGGUCCCGGACUGACUAGACUGUCCACUGAGUUGAGAACAAGGUGAAGCAACAACCAACUUGGGUCUUUGAUGGACAUCUCUUCAUAAAAUAUUGCAUGGACCCCCCUACCAUCGCCUGCGACUUCUCGACUGUCUGGCGGGAGGAGAAAAGGAUCGUGUGAAGGCGGAAACUAAACCGAGGACUAGCUCCCCUCCCCGCUCAGUCUGAACUAUUUGUUACCCAUCCACCCCACCUACCCUUCCUUGCUACCCCCGCAAGAAAUCAAUUGCAACGUGAGACCCCGAGACUUCCUCCCUCUCCGGUUCGAAGUUCAGACUAGCGAGGGGUUAACCAUAAAGCUCGAGACUAGACUGGUCCACGAACUCUGUGGAGUUUUAUGAUUUUCCUCCUUCAUUCCCAAAAGUUGCUACACCGAAUUCGAUGUGCUAGAAUGCUGCGAAAAAUACACGACGAUCAAAAGUUGUUUCUCUGUCAAAAGAGAUCCUAGUAAAAUUAACCGUUGGACUCGAACACGAGGGAAAGGGUUAACCAGUGGUUUUGCUGCCGAGCGGGAUUUUGUUCCUUGUAGCUCGGUGCUGGCUUUUCUGAAGUCACGCAAGCCCGCGCGGGACUCGGCUCUGAGUGAAUAAAACUGUCGUCGGCUCAAUAAUUCAAGAGAAAAAAAAGUUGCCGUUGGCCAGUUAACGUCUGGAGAAGUUUCCCCUCAAGUGGGGAAAGUGAGCAGGAGACUGUUCCUUCUUCGUGUGUGUCACCUUCUGCAGCAUCACAAAAAAAUUUAUUGCUGCUCAAGUCACGUGCUUUUCCAAAUCUGGCCAAUCCAGUGCGCAUGUCACUCAACUGCUGAAGCCGUGGACUUUAUACUCUUCCAAGUAAGUACCCAUCAUUGCCAUGUCGGCCAUGGCAGACCAGCACCACUCGCCGGCAGCCUGGCUGUCCCACGAGGCCAGUCGGGUACCCAACGGGUACGACGGCACGGGUGCGGGUAUGCCGCUUCCCUCAGAAGACAUUAGUGACAUGUUUUUCCCACAUCCGUUGGAUUCCAACCCUUCGCACAUGAACGCAAGUUACUACUCAGCCUCGGCGGCCCGGGCGCAUGGUUAUAGAAGUCCACACGUGUCAAGUGCCUCCCAGAUGUGUAGGCCUCACUUUCACCCUCCUCUCCACCCAUGGAUUAGCGAGUCUACCAAGUCCAUGGUCCCUCACGCUCAUUCCGGGUGGAUGACAGCGUCACACUUCAGCAACAAAGCGCUCAGCCACCCGAGCCCCACAGCCCCGCUCUCAGUUCACCCUCCCUCCUCCAUCGCCCCAACCAACUCAUUUCCGUUUCCACCCACACCUCCCAAGGACGGUACCCCAGAAAACAUCGGCGGCUCUACGGGGACAGGUAACUCUGUCGGCGCUGGGUCUGGAGCAGCGGGAGUGACGGGGUCUGGCGUGGGCAGUUCCGGGGCCAGCGGGGGGACGGGCAGCGCGCCAGGUGCGGCAGAGUUCUCCCCGGACACCAAACCCACCACCAAGACGGAGAUGGGGGGCGGUCUGGGCGGAUGCGGUGACGGCAUGGGAGUCGGGAUGGGGGUGUCGCCCUUCUCGCACACCCCGCACCCCGUGCCGGCCUACCCGACACCAUACAUGGGCACAGACUACAGCUCGGGACACCUGGGCUUCCACCCCUCCAGCAUGUUCAAGACCGCCUCAUCCAUGGCCAGCAGCCGGCCCAGGAGCAAGGCCAGGUCCAGCACGGAAGGGAGGGAGUGUGUCAACUGUGGCGCCACCUCCACCCCGCUGUGGAGGCGGGACGGCACGGGCCACUACCUGUGCAACGCGUGCGGCCUGUACCACAAGAUGAACGGCUCCAACAGACCCCUCAUCAAGCCCAAGCGCAGGCUGUCCGCCGCGCGACGAGCCGGCACCAGCUGCGCCAACUGCGGAACCACCACGACCACCCUGUGGCGCCGCAACCCCAACGGCGACCCGGUGUGCAACGCCUGUGGGCUUUACUACAAGCUGCAUAACGUGAACCGGCCGCUGACAAUGAAGAAGGACGGCAUCCAGACGCGGAAUCGCAAGAUGUCCACCAAAUCCAAGAAGAAAGGCAAGGGAGGAAUGGGGGCCAUGGACCUGCUGAGGGACAAGCCCUUCUCCAACUUCCCAGCCCCCAACUUCAGCCCGGCCAUGCCCCCAUCUAUGUCCCCGUACAUGACGUCACAGGGACUGGGCUCCAUGGGCGGUGGCUACCUCACCCAUCAUGCCAGCACGCACCCGGCGCACCACUCGGCGCACCACCACCAUCAUCACCACCACGCUGCCGCGCAGAUGGGGUCGUUGGGCGGCGGCCUGGCCAUGGGCGGAGGCUUCAACCAGUUCCAGUCCUCGCUGCAGUCGUCGUUCCCUUCGUCGUUUAGUAGCAUUCCCAACAUCUCGUCAUCUGGUCUCAACCUCUCCACUUCCAACAUGGUGGGCGCCAUGGCGUAAGAGGAGCCCCGCACGCAGCAUAGUCAAACGCUUCUGUUGACUUCAUGAGCAUCGGCGACAAGUCGCCCCCUCGCUCGUCACCUCUGACCCGGGGGUCACCUGUUUCGGUCUCCAAGUUCUCAUUUGCUCGGGGGGAGGAGUCCAGGACCUGCAUGACAUCUCCCAGGGGGUAGUGGGGGCUGUGAACACAAGGGCAUUGUGGAUACAGACUGUGGAUACAGACAAUAUUUCAUCCACUUUGUUGACAUGGUGACGUACAUUGACACUGAGUGGUGAUGAUCUCCAUCGAACCUACAGGCGGAUUCGGGUUAAGGCGGAUUAAGCUCCGAAUUGUGGACGCCAUUGAAAUACCCUGACUUACUUUUGGAAAAAAAUAUAAUGGUGGAUGCCGAGUCACAUAUGUAUCAGUUAUUUUUUUUUUUUUCAUGUAAGAAUUAGGCAGGGGGCGAUUUUUUAAAAAGAAUAUUUGUGUUUUCCCCAUUGUGUAGGGUCGGCAGCAACUUUUCUCAUCUGCAUCACGAGUCUGUAUUUGAGGUUCGAACCCCAGGCUGAGUCCUUCCUGUCUGCCCGCCUCUCCUCUACAGACUUUAGAACCUGGAUAACCCAAGGUGGACAGGUGAUGGCAGCAGACAAUAACCGUUGAUUUGUGCUUCGUUAGCAGAUGACUAGGGGCCGGAGUGAAAAGGAACUGACAGUAUUGUUAUCCACUGACACUUGUGUAAAAAUGCUGUUAACGUGUCACCAAUGUGUCAACGACAUUCACUAACAUGUCAUUAAUUAAUGAUAUUAAUAAUACGAUAUUGCUAAGAUGGCUUGACCAUAGCAGACCUGCAUGGUUGACAGCAGGACUUGGACAACCACUGCUGGGGCUGGAACACACCAAGCUGAGUACAAGACAAAGUAAGAUUUUGCUGUUGUUCCUUCUGCAGCUUGGUGUGUGGGCUUGUAGACCACUCGGAGAGACUUUAGGGCCCACCAGCCCCUGUAGGUUGGUGUGUGGGCUUGUAGACCAGCCCCUGCUGCUUCUCAAAAAUGAAUGAGCCAUUGCUGACGACUAUAGAGACCUUCCGGGGGCAAAACCACGAAAGAAAUCUUUCACGACAAAUUUCUGAGUCAUUUAUUCUCACUAAGGGCUGACUUUACAUCUAAGAUAUUUGAAAAAUACACCUACCCCAUUCCGACACUUUAAAAGUCUGCUUCAGUGUUCUCCCCCCCCCCCCUUCUCCAAAAAAAAAAAUGUCCUCUGACCUUUGUAUAGCAGGUCAGAGGCUGGAGCAAGAACAUUGGACGAGCUCCCACCCAGGGAGAGGCUUGGAGUAGACAAGCAGAUAAGACUUGCGUGAUCACCAUUUUUUCUUUCUCUCUCUCUCUCUGUGCGUGCGUUCGUGUGUCUGGGGCAGCAGUAGGUCUGGCGUCGCCAGAGUUCGUCCUCGACCCUUGGGCGACGGAAACCGAUCUGAUUUCUCUCCCCUGGCAGUUGGAGGCGCUGACGGUACGGACCGUUGCACGUCUGUCCUGGGUACCCUGCACCCCUGCCACCCUCGCCACCCCUCCUCUCUGUCCUUGUGGUCCUCGCCGACCCCCCAGACACAUUUCUUGCCGCUGUCUGCGCGUACAAGCCGUUCAACAAGUAUUUUGCUCUCGUGCUGUGGUAGUACCGCUCGUCCCUCUCCCCAGUACAACUCCGACCCAAACUUAACAGUAAAACACCCAUGUCUAUAGAGUAAGAACUAAUUUAACAGUUAAACAGCCAACACUAAAUGAUAUCUGUAAAAAUUAGUUUAUGGUGUCCCAUCCUGACACUCUCCAGAAUCCUCCCCACCCUCCCUGUCUGUAGAAAAGAAAUUGAAGCCGGGAUGAUGGCAAUAGUAGCGGCGAUGUGAUCCUGACAGUUAAGGGGUUAAAGUAGUAAAGUACGCCGAGUGUUGAUUAUUGCCAGAUCAGCUGAUCUGACUGUCACGUGACAAUGUAACUGGUGAUAUCUGACGCCCAGCCUCACUUUCACCCUAACUGUUCAUUUUCACCAGCUGCCAGCCAAGGGCUGCGAGGUUUGCCACAAAGAGUCGCGAGGACAACUCUCGGGGAUGGAGGGGAUGAUGGAUGGGGGAAUGUGACAGAAAAGACAGGGAUUUGCAGACAUUAUCGUCAAUAACUGUUGUUGCUUUGACUUAGACUACCGUGGCACAUGAAUUUUAAAAAAUAAUAAAAAGGUUGGAAAGGAGGGUUAGGUAUAGAGGUUCUCUGACAUAAAGUAUCUGUUCAAAAUUAAAAAAUUGUUCGCCUGUCCUGGCUCAUCUCUUUUGAAGACUUCAGCCACCCUGGGUGCGUCAGGCCAGAAAAAAGAUCCAAGCGACGCCGUGCCCUGCGAGCAGAAGCAGUGAACCGCUGAGCCACCGUGUACUCCUGGGGGUCACCACGGGUCACCGACUGGCUUCCGUGCGUCGCCACUGUGACUCGGCGACCUGCCAGUUCUCCAGACUCCAAGUCAAAGAGGGAACUGGGGGGAAGGGGAGGAAGAAGGACAUACCAAAGGAUUGGAGCCAACUGGGAAUUUGACGCCUGUGACGUAACGAAACUACAAUCAGGAUGACCGAAUUUUUUAUUAUUAUUUUUUUUUUUUUUGGUUGCUCGCGUGUGCUGACGGUUGGCAAAAAUGAUUUAGUCGUCGCUUGGUGGUGUCCAAGUAGUUAGGUUGGGAGCAGCAGAGGAGUACUCCCCCUUUCGUGACACUUCAUCAACAGGACGUUCGCCAAAUAAUUUUUUUAAAGGGGAGACAAGUUAUGACGUAGCAAGAACAGGGGUCAGUCAUCAAUGAGAAUAUUUUCAAGGAAAGCAAUGCAUGUUUAACACUGCAGAGUAAGCAUUAAUGUGAAGUCAGUCAUAAAUACUAUAAAGAAGGUGAAGGGGUUAAAGUAAGGUCAGAUGUUGGAAAGCUAGCGAGAGGACGGACUGAUGCACGCGGCACCGGAACAAAGAUUGAGUUCUGACUAACGGUUGGUCAGGGACUAACGGGUCUCUUCUCAGUACAAAUCGCUGGCAAUAGUCGGACGGAAGGAGGACAGGACAUCUGGGAGCUUAGUGUACACAGGAAGAGAGGAUCGGAUCCCAGGAUCAAGCAUUGUUAUUUCCCGUGACACCAUCGACAACUUAACGGGACGAGCGAACUCUCGAGCUUUUCUGAGAACGAGAGAGAGAGAUGUUACUGCACGAGAUUUACUUUUUCAUGAUGUAAUGAGACGAGGACAACAACAUGUUUGUCGUCUGCCAUUCCUGUAUGUUUGCUCUUGAAGGUCUGGAGUCUGUUGACAGAGGGAGAGGUUGGGGUGGACUAGGGGGAGAGGGAGAAAAUGAAAGCGGGAAACGACUUUGAGGAUGGGAGAAACACCAGGGGGUUGCUGGGAGUCUUUGAGAAUUUCUGUCAUCCCAGCAAGUCAGUUUGUCCAACAGGAACUUCACAACCCUUUAAAGUCCUUUAAACUUUUACAACUGUGAGCUGGAUUUUGUCCUCCUCUCAGAUCCUACAACAGUUUGAACAUCACAACCCAUCUCUCUCUCCCUCCCUCCUUCACAACCUUCAGCCUAGCUUCCGGUCACCACGAUGACCAAUCAGCUUGCUUUCUGGUUAUUGGCAUGACCUAGGGAGGGAAUUAUCUUCAAAUGUUCUCUCGACUUAUAAUCGGCUUCUUGAGAACACCAAUGCUAAUUUAUCACGGUCGUGGUUGACAACAAAAACUUGUGUCUCCGGACCGCAGACUCCAUCCCCAGUCCUCCCAGCCUGUUAACUAUGUACUCAGCAAAAAUAAACCACUGAUAUAUAUUUUAAUGUUUAAACUGGACUGCAUGGUAUCAUGUAAAUAUACAAUGGGGGAUAUUCUAUUUUUAAAAUUAUGCACUUUCACUGUUGUUUCUACUGCUGGUUGACGCCCGGAUGCAGGGCAGGGGUAAACAAACAAACAAAUACCGCAAAAUCAGAAAAAAACAAUAAAGCUUUCGUCGUCAUGACGACAGCAUAUCAUUACCACGUUGAUUGCGGAGCAAGCGUUUGCUGCACGUGCCCGGAGUGUGGCUAUUUAUAGAUAUGACUUACCUGUACGACAAUGACGUAUUCGUCACUAAGGGCCACCUGUAGCCAGUUUUGCGAGUGCAUUGUUUGCACUGUCUUGGACUGCCAUUUGUUUUCAGUUCUUCAUUUCAGUAAUUUGAAAGUAAACCUCGCCCUCGCUGUGUAGACGGUCUACAAUGUAUGCUGCACCAUUAUCUCUGCCAAUCCGACGUGCAUAAGAUGUAAUAUUUAUGCAAUUCCUUGUUACGCACUCAUACCUUGGUCGACUGUUCUUUUUUCCACUUGUUAUCGCAUAGCUGGUGUUCAUAUGAGCCGCCAUAGACACCAGGCUCAGGUGUGACGUACUACACGUAUUUAUCAAACCGCUUUUGUACAUGAACCUCGUUAUGAAACGUCACGCAUGCUCUCUGGAACUUUCCUUUAUUUUUUUAAAACUCAUUUGGUUCCGUUUUUUUAAUUUCUACCCGGUUCCAUUCCUUUAUUUUUGUCUUGCCCGACUUGGUUUGAACACGAACGACAACUUCUUGCCUAUGAUAUUAUCCCCCUUACAUUCACCAACACCGUUUGUCAGCGGUAGUUCUAGUCGUUUCAAGAUUUGCAUUGUCUUUUUGAUUUCUGUAGAUAUUUUUUUUUCUUUGAAGUGUGUAACUGUUGCCCUUACAUAUUCUUUCUUUGUUACUUAUUAAUAAUAAGAGAAAUAUAUCAAUAAAAGAUUUAUCUGAGGCAUCAACCCCUGAACAGCAAUGCCAUGCGUCUGAAAUUUUACGAAUAACAAAAGAAUUCUAAAAAAAAAUAAUAAUAACAAUAAUACAUCAGUGGAUUGAUGAAUACAUUGUGUCAAUAACUGAUCUUCAAAUGAAAAAAUAAUUUUCCGAUUGUUAUUCGAUCCUUCCCUCCUUCUUUUCCUUUGCGAGAGUGCUCAGCACUCGUCAGUGUUUAUCCGUGAAUAGUUGAUAGUUGAUGAACCUCUAUCCUCCCCACUCUGCCAGACUGCAUUAUAUAUUAGUUAUUGCUUUGUUCAGGUUUUGUUGUGUACGGGUGUGUAACUAUAUCUGCAGUACACUGCACAAUUACUGUUUUGGGGAAUGGGUUUGCUUUGGACUGACUGCACCCGGGUUGCAGUUCUCAUAUUAAAGGCGGUGAAUGGAAUAAAACUUUGUGUACAAUGAAUGAAAUGCACUGGAAUUUAAUAAAACAUGAAAUAGUGUGCUAGACAUUAAAGUCUUGUUUUUGUUUUUAAAUCACAGUGUGGCUUUGUUCUCAGUUUUUCUCCACAGUGUGACGGUUUAUUCAAUUUUUAAAGAUAAUUGCGUUCAGGAACAAAGAGAAUUUAUUUUACGAAUAAAUAGAAAAAUAAAAUAAUAAUAUUGUGACACCAGCUUUUAUGUCAAAAGUGAAACCCAUUUUUUUUCUGUUCAAAUGUGAUGAUAAGUCGUCUGAAACACUUGAAGAAAAAUUUAAACACGGCUACCCGACUCCUUUAAUAACUUUUUGAAGUUCAGAGGGUAACGGGGUUGGAGGUCGUCAAUGAAGGAAAGUUUGAUGAUUAUACAACACGGGAAUCCCUUCUAUCUCACACACCAACUCACCUGAUAAUGUUCUGUACAUGAUUGUUACGGUCCAAGUAGUAAACCUUUGCUGCAGUUGUCUUCAGUCGGUGUCUGGAGUAGGACACUGAGUACGAGUCACUAGGUCUCUGAUGAUGUAUAACGGUCUUUGUGUUCUUCCUCUGUACAUGUGUAAUGGUAUGGUUCACGAGUGUCCGUGUACAUAUAGUUUCAGUUCUGCUCAAAGGCUGUCAUUGUAACAAAGUCAAAUAUUGUCAGGAAUUAAAGAUCACAAACUCAA